AUGAUUGACGCCUUGGAGAUGAUGUAUUUGGACAUCUUGGAAUUCCACCAACAAGCGCUCAAGUUCUUUUCGGGCAGAUUUGAGUGCCGUGCUAGUCUCGCCCAAUACCGACUCUACCAGGACGACGUAGCCGACUUCCGGGCGAAGUUGGAAGAGAACGUCCAACGAGAAGAGACCAAGAAGCUGAUGCUUGUCAAAGACUGGCUGGCUGUUGGAGAGCUACCUCGGCUCGAUCAUGAAAGCUACUGCAAGAUACGGAACGAAUGCGCGACCACUACCAAGUGGGUGACACAGCACGAGACCAUCAAACAUUGGAUCCACGCCGAUAUCCCGAACAGUCCUGUCGUCUGGGUUUACGGGAUACCAGGAGCUGGCAAAACUAUACUGACAUCGGCCAUCGUCGAAGAGUGCAAGACCAAGACUGACUUCAUCACCUGCUUCUUUUACUGUCACGAUGGCGACCCCACAAGUAGCACCGCGGUUGGUAUACUGAAGGGCCUGGCAGAUCAACUGCUAGAUCAUUAUCCACAGAUGCUGCCUCCCUGCUACACACGGCGCAGCUCGAGUGGGGAACCGUCCCUCAGAUCUCCCAACCAAGCGAAGAGGCUUUUCGAAGAUUUUUGCUUCACCAUUCCCAAACUCUUCAUCAUCGUUGAUGGGCUGGACGAGUGUGAAAGGGCUGAGAGAAGCCAAUUGUUGGAUAUGUUAACCGAACUCGUAGGGCAGCGCGAUGCGGUUGAUCCGGGAACCAUCCGCCUUUUGAUCGCGAGUCAAGACCACGCCGACAUACGGAGAGGGCUUCACAGCUCCGCAAUCACCAAGAUAGCGCCCAAGAUGCUGCAGAUCUCGGAAAAAGACAACGAGGGCGACAUCAAGGCCUACACCAGGAUGUGGGUAGAUCGCAUUGAGGCAAAGUUUCCAUUAUUCACGGAAGACAUGAAAGAAUACCUUCGUAACCGUAUCGUGGCUAACGCAAAAGGGUCUAAUUCCAAGGCAGGCAUGUUCCUUUACGCCAAAUUGGUUUUGCUUGACCUUCACGCGUGUAUGACGCUAGCGGAGCUUUUGGACUAUAUCAAGACCGAGAACUUUCCUCCCGGACUCGCACAAGCGUAG